AUGGAUAAACGCUCUGCAGAGAGUCCCAUGGACUUUGAGUGGCAGACCAGGGCUCCUGGUGAUGCCACCUCGCCCUUCUACCAACUGAGCAUGCAGCACGACAAGCAGAAGAAACGCCCCCAUAACAUCUUCGACUCGCCCGAAAAGAAACAAAUGCCCGCUCUGCGCGAACCCAACUCCCAACCCUUCCUCUUCUCGCAGCCCCCCUCGCAGGCCUCGCGGACGCAGAAAUCCAUCUUCGGUCAAUCCGCCUUUAUGACCCCCCGCAAGUUCGAAGUCGACUUCUCCUCCGGCGCCGAAACCUCCCCCGAAAACGCCGCAGACAACGAAGAGACCCCGGAGCCGCCAACAAAGUCGGGGGGUCACCGAAACUCGCUCUUCAACAUGUACGGACGCUUUGCGCCGAGUCCCGGACGUGGGGAAAUCCCUCGAAUGAACCAUUACUCCAACGCGUUGGCGCGACGGGUGCAGAAGCGCCGACGCCGGGAUAAGGCGCUGGAUCUGCAGUUCCGCCGGGAUAGCGAUGAUGAGGAUAGCGACGGAUCGAGCAGCCGGGACACGAAAUCCGCCAAGCAGAAGAAGAAUCAGGGUGAUGCGCAGGGACCGGACGGUCAGGGGCCCUCGCGGAUGUCGACCUUCUCGGAUUUCUUCGCGCUCCUGGAGGCCCACCCGAACGUGCCCAGCAUCCUCUCGUGGUGGGCGCAGCUGGUGGUGAACCUGUCGCUGUUUUCGCUCGCCGUGUAUGUGGUCUUUGGUUUUGUGUCAGCGAUCCGCGCGGAGUUCGAGCAGGCGGCCGAGGAAGUCUCGGAUACGAUCCUGGCCGAGAUGGCGACCUGCGCGAAGAGCUACGUGGACAACAAGUGUGCCGGAGGCGACCGACUGCCAGCGCUGGAGACGGUUUGCGAGAACUGGGAGCGGUGUAUGAACCGCGAUCCGGCCAAGGUGGGCCGGGCGAAGGUGUCGGCGCACACGAUGGCGAUCAUCAUCAACAGCUUCAUUGACCCGAUUAGUUGGAAGGCAAUUGCAUUCUUCCUCGCUACGAUAUCUACCGUGACAGUCGUGAGCAACUGGUCAUUCCGUUCGUUUAGAAACCGGUUCAGCCAGCAUGACUAUACGACCCCGGCGCCUACGUUUCAUCGACAGCCCUCCGGCCAACACCCUUCCUCGAUUGCCCCGUCCUUCCCACACACCCCCGGAUAUGGCUACGGACACGCGCCGAGCUUGAAUGAGAAGCAGGACGGGCCGCUGAUGCUGGAACAUUCGCAGACCAUGGACUUUGACUUUGGAACGGAGCGCAGUCGGGACCGCGAGAACCACCUGCGGACCCCCAGUCCGGUCAAGCGCGAUAGAAAACUCCUUUGA